UUAUCUUUUAAUAACAAAAAAAGAUGAUGUGGAAAGAUUUCAAGGACCCCAAAUCUCUGCGAGUCUAAAAAAAAAAGGGCCAAAACAUGGCGAAGCUUAAAUGUCCCACUGCUCAUGAAGACAUCGUAGUGAAACUGCGCUGGGUGGGUGAGAUACCUUUCCACUGUGUCACUGCAGUCACCUCGCAACACUUGGUCACACACCUUGAAUGAAAAUACACACACACACGCACACACACGCACAAACACGCACACACGCCCUCCUGACGGCCGUGGGUGGAGUUUCCUCGAGGUUAUAAAGCGGCGCGUAAAGUGCCGACGUGGUGUCAUUACGCAGCCCGGGUCCCGUCCUACCUGCGCGGUGUUGGAGCUCCUUGUCCACGCGGACCUUCUGAAGACUUCGCUGAAGACACCUCCGUGGAGCUGUGGAAUCUCGUUGGAAAGAAGAUUAGAUCCAGAGCGAGAGGGGAUGUGAUUUAUGGUUUUGUGCUCGUACCCCCCACGGACCCCCGGAUCCUCCCUGAGAUGUCCCCAUGACCUCUGACCCUCGCACCAUGGACGCCCGUCUGCAGGGUCUCCCAAAGCUACACCACAGGGUCAACGGCGGUUCCGGUCCCAGCUCCCGACCUUGCGAAGACGAUCCUCUGCACUUCCUGAGCCGAGAAGAGCAGGAGUGCCUGAAGUUCUUUGAGAAGACCAUCGACUCGUUGGAUGAGAGCCUGGAGCCGGUCGACAUGAAUCCCUCCCUCUCUGCCGCACGUCCGGGGCCCAAAGACCAGGACAUCAUUUACCUGGUCCGCCCAGAACCGGACCUGGUUCAGAACAAAGCGCUGGCCUUCAAUCCCAACAGGCCAGAUUUUCAGAGUAUGAUGCAGAACCCGGAGAGCCACGUCGAGAUGAGGCCGAGGCGCGAGGCGUUGGACGGAGGCCUCCCUUCGGAGUACAACCCUCCUCUCCCGAGUGGCAGCUACGGGCCGACGGACCACCACUCCUCGUACCACCCUCCGGGCAGCAUCCCCACGCCGGUGCUCAUCGCCCAGCAGAUCGCCGAUAACAAGGCGGGAGGAGCCUCCAACCUGCAUCCCUCCUCCUUCCUCCGAAGUCACAACCAGGACCACGACACGCCACAGAGCCCCGUGGGCGAUCCUCAGGCCAGGUACGCCCCGCCCACCUCUGCUAAGGCGCCCCACUUCCCGACCAACAUUAGCGUGACCCCCCACGGCCACAACCAGAGUCAGCCGCUGGGUAACGUGAAGCUCCAAGAGAGAAGGUCGCAGAUGCUGGCUAACCUGUCGGGAACGCCGAGCACUCUGCUGCAGGAAGACCCUCAGCCGGCCCCGGAUGCUGCCGCCCACAGCAUCUCCUUCAAGGACCCAUCGGCGGACCAGUCCAGGAUGGAGGCCCUGCCCAGGAACCGGGCCAUGUCGGGAACGCCGAGCACGCCGAGCACGCCGCUGCAGGAAGACCCUCGGCCGGCCCCGGAGCCGACGGCUCAGAAUGCUGCCGCCCACAGCAUCUCCUUCAUGGACCCCUCGCCGGACCAGUCCAGGAUGGAGGCCCUGUCCAAGCUGGGCCUCAACAGGGACCGAGCCACGUCCGGCGGCAGGAAGCCGUCGCUGGACGCCCCCGACGCCGCUCCUCGGAGUCCUCCGCCGGACAAGGCAACCGGCGGCAAAACGGCGGAGGCCGGCGCUCCCCGAACGGCGGACCUCAAAGUGCCGAAAGGAGAGGUAGCGAUGACUCAACCGAGCCCGGUUCCCGCCGAAAGAAAACCAGAGAUUGAGCGGUCCGAUUCUCUGAGGAGGUUUGACGAGAGAAACAAGCUGCUCUCGGCUCUGUCGGUCGCCCCGAGCAACGCCUACCUGCCGCCUCCUUUGGACGACAUGGCGUCUUUCCCCCCUCCGCCCGAAGUGGCCUCCCACGGGUUGAACAGCUACGGGGGGAAGUCCAUCAACGUGAUCCCUUCCGUCUCCACCAGGAGGGAACCCGCCGCGCCGCCUCGCCACGAACCCAAAGUCCUCCCGACCGGGCUGGCCAACCCCAGCGAGUUCAACCCCUACGGCGGAAAGACCAAGGUCAUGAACCCCGCCCCCCCCGCCGGGGCCAGGAGCAACCUUCCCGACCUCGUCGCCCCUCACGUCGCCCGCAGCCAGACCUUACCCGCCAGAUCCGAGGCGCCGCCGCCGCCCACCGAGCUCAACAGCUACGGCGGAAAGAGCCGAACCUUCAACCCGGGCGCCGGGCCGAACCGCCCCCCGGACGGCCCGGCGAGGAGCUUCAGAGCGCCGGCGCCGGCCCCGGCCCCGAAGCCCGGCCGCCACUCCUACCACGCCGGCGCCCCCCAGAGAGCGGCGCCGCGAGCCCCGUCCCCCGAACACCGCCGGAAGUCCGCCUCCACCUUCCGCCCCCAGGGCAUCACCGUGCAGUUCUCCGGGCGGGGGGCGACGGACGGGUCGCGCCGGGAGGCUCUGAGGAAACUGGGGCUGCUCAAAGAGUCCUGAGGAACCCGCUGUUCCAGAUGAGGAAGCACGGUGGUUCCCCGUGAAGAGAAGCGCCGUCUCGCCAUCAGGAAUCACAAAACUGGAUCAUGGUGCCUGAAAAGUGUUGCCUGGAAAUAUUUUUUUAUUUUUGAUGUCAACAAACCCCAAUGAAAAGAGACCAAAACCCACAAUGUGGGGAUAACUUUCAACUCCUUUAAGGUUGAUUUGGCAAAAAUUGUGGCUUGAAGAGAAGCUAAUUAUGCACUCCAUAAAAAAAAAUCAUGAUUAUUAAAUUAUAUAGUCAUUUUUAUUUUGUUUUAUAUUAUAUUCAGAAAAGAGAUGUUUCUGUAUGCAGUUUAAGUCAGAUUUGUUUUAUGGUGUCAAAGCAGCUCACAGUGAAAUGUUCAAACACAGCCUUUGGAGGAGGGGGGGGGGGCGUUAUGUUUACAGACUUUUGGGCAUUUUAGUCAGCGAUGAGUUUGUGUGUGCAGCAUUUUGAUGAUUGAUGACCUUGGUCACCCCAUUAAUGACCUUAGACACCUCAUUGAUGACCUUGGUCACCCCAUUGAUGACCAUAGCCACCUCAUUGAUGACCUUAGACACCCCAUUGAUGACCAUAGCCACCUCAUUGAUGACCUUGGACAAUGAUGCCAGUGAAGAGCUUUCUACAAACAACCAAUGCUGGAGGAUAUUUUUACCCCCCCCCAGCCGCAGACUGUGGGCAGGGGGGAGGGGGGGGUCACUUAAAGUGCUCUUCAGGGCGAGCACAUUGUACCAAACACCAGCACAAAAACCGCAGUCUAGAAAUACAUCCUGGAUCACUCGUCUUUAUUCCUGUCGAGCUGUCAAAUACUUUUGGGACAUUUUGCAAGUGUGUUAUUUAAUUGUUUGGUAUGUGGUGUGUGGUGUGUGUGUGUGUGUGUGUGUAUGUGUGCGUGCGUGUGCGUGUUUGUUUGUUUUACUAAGACUCCGGCCGCUGUGGCUCGCCUACAGUAACUUUCGAAGUACGUUUGCUUUUGUUUACAGACUCCGGUUCUCUGCAGUUCAGCUGCAGUCAGUUUGAAGGAUCUAAAGGUGCCUCCAUAAAGGAUACAGAAUGUUCUGUGCAAAGUGUGCAGAGGAACAGGGACUUUGAGAAGUGCAUGUGUGUGUUUGGUGAAUGGGAUCAUGUGACCUGUACAACACCCGCCUACUUUCUGAGUUAUUUAAAUGUCCAUUUUAUAAACUGUAUUCAGUCUGCUUGAAAUGUCUCAAUUGUUGUUAUCCAUCAUUAAACAGUAUAAAACGUC